AUGGCCUCUCACUCCCACGUGUCUUCAAUCAACCAAGCUGGCUCGCCAUCUCAGGCCCUUGUUGAAAAACCCUCUGCGCCGCCCAUCAACAUCCUCCCCUCCAAACUAGCGCAGGCCUACUCAUAUGCGCACCCCAUUAUUCUCUUAACACUGUGUGCUGCUCGUUUCGAAGCAUUGGUGGCUGAUCCAGUUCAGGAGCUCCUUGCUGAUCUUCCCUGGUUGGCUCUGCUCCAGCUUUUCUAUGUGUUACUCUGUCUUCCACCCGCCGCAUCACCCUCGGCGGACAGCUUCUCUGGUGAUGCAAAGGCAACACGCUCCCGCUCAGGCAAACCUGGCUAUCGCCGAAAGAACUCUGGCAAGAAUUUCUGGGCUGCAGUGUGGGCUAAGUUGAUGCCUGCCUGCCUCUCGCUAGGUCUCACCUUCCUUGCAACACCGAUAAUCGCUGCGCUUCUCGUCAUGUUCGGCGCCCCGCUCACCACCCACAACUACGAAACUGUGCUCUGUGCAGCCCACAUGGCACUCCUCUCCGCUUCUCAAUUGGCGUACGUCCACGGCGUUGAUGGUUCCAUAUGGAAGGAGGUUUGGGGUAUCGCUCGACCAGCGGAUACAGUCUGGGGCAGUGCUCUCGGCACAGGCUUGGGCGCUUGGUUCGGUGCUAUUCCCAUCCCUCUGGAUUGGGACCGCCCAUGGCAAGCGUUCCCCAUUACCAUCUUGGCUGGCGCAUACGUUGGCUAUGCGCUCGGCGCAUUGCUCUCCCGGACACCCCUGCUCUAUGGUAAACGCAUCCAAUUUUCCUCCGAGUCGGAAGAAGAAGGUGAGAAGAAGACCAACUAA